UUGAGUCACCUGAUGACAGGGUCGGCAGCUGUAUAAAGGGCAUUUUGGGUUUUUAACUCAUGAAGUUGUGCUCUAACAUGGCUAAAGCAGUUAUUUGUGUGCUUCUUGCAUCUCUCUUUGCCUGCUGUAAAUCUGCACCAGUGGCUCUUCAUGGUGGUGCAGAUGUUCUCUGCCCUCUGACAGUAAAGAUCUUGGAUGCUGUGAAAGGGACUCCCGCUGGAAAUAUAGCUCUGGAUGUCUAUCGCCAAGAUCAAGGUGGGACAUGGGAAAAGAUUGCCAGUGGGAAAGUGGACAUGACUGGAGAGGUGCACAGCUUGAUCACGGACGAGGAGUUCACUCCUGGCGUGUAUCGGGUGGAGUUUAACACUAAAGCCUACUGGAAGGCGGAGGGUCGUGCACCUUUUCACCAGGUGGCCGAUGUGGUGUUUGAGGCUCAUGCAGAGGGGCAUCGUCAUUAUACUCUGGCUCUUCUUCUGAGCCCCUUCUCGUACACCACAACAGCUGUAGUCGUCAAAGCACACGAGUGACAGCACACAACAACCUAUACACAGAGAAAUUACUUUACAUCCAGGGUCCAAGAUUAAUUAUUUGCCACACCUUGCAAUGCCAGUUUGAUUGAUAAAAUUCACAAUUUCCUUUCAAAAGUUUGGAAGCAUUACGAUUUUUAUCUUAUGCUCACCAAAGCUGCAUAUAUGUGUUCAAAAUACAUUAAAAACACUAAUAUUGUGAAUCUUAUAUUACUCACUAGCCAUUACAUUUUUGCAUUGUUUUCUAAUAAAUGCAGUUUCCUUGUGUUCUAAAAUCAUUGGUACAACUUUACUUACAGCCUUUACCGUGCAUUAUAAUAGUAGUAUUAAAUGCAUUAAUUAUGCCUUGUGAUGCACCAUAAUAUGCAUUGUAUGAUCUCAUAAAUAAAUGCAUUAUAAUAGUGUCCAUAAUACAAAUACACUCAUCUAUUUAUUGUUACACAUUUGGAAAGUAUAAUGGAUUUAAACACAUGACAAACAAAUCUUUAAACAUUACAUUAUUUAUGAAAUGAUAUAAUGCAUUACAACCUACAUUAUGAAUACUUUUAUAAUGCAUGAAAAAACAAAGGCUUUAAUUUAAGUGUUACCAAAUAAUCUGUACGGUAUAUAAGACAUUUGAAUCAAACACACUAAUCACAUCAUCAAGAAUCUGACAUUUAUUCAAUUUGGCUUAAACUAUGAGUUUCUUAAUACUGAAUAACUUAAUUCACCAAAGCCAGUUUUUACUUGCAUUUGGGAGCUUGGCAAGUGUUAAUUUUGGACCUUGACUGAACCCACUUUCCCUCAAACCAAUGAAAGAGAUCAGACUCUGAAUAAGUUUUCAACUAUAAAGUCUUUUAAUGAUCAUUACAGAGCGAAACGCAGUGAAGAGACCGGUACAACAACAAAAACAAAAAAAAGAAAUCUGGAACCAGGAUUGUACAUGUCAGUCAAAGCAGCUGACAUCUCAAAGACAUUCUGUUUCUCAUACUGGUGUUACAGUUAAAGUGGACCCUCAACAUUGGAGAAACGCAAACACAGGAGAAGAUCAGUUUUUCAGUUUCCAUUCAAUGACCAGCGGCCAUUUCAGUUCUAAAGACACAGCUCCAGAUCGAAAUAAAAACUUUCAGUAAAAGAAAA